AUGUCGCAAUGGCUGUCCUCUACUUCUUCCAAUUUCUUCGGUAGACCUAAGGCGGACGCACUGCCUGGAAAUGAAAACUUCGAGAUGGACAAUUCCCAUCCUACAACUUCCGGCGCGGGCGUCGAUACACCACAAGACCACAAGGCAGAGCGAAUACCAGGCGCCAUGAGAGGGCUAGGCGUCGCGCGACAUACACUUGGCUUACUGCUACUCUUGCUGGUCGUUUGUCUGUGGACGACAUGCAACUUUCUGGCGAGUUCGAUCUUCGCAGACGACACCUACGCCCAGCCUUUCUUUCUCACGUACCUGAAUACAUCGAUGUUCAUCCUGGCCAUGGUGCCUUCGAUGGUGCGGAUGUUCUGGGAUCUACGGCGGCGAGGCUUAUGGCAAGAGCGGGUUGAAGAGAUAAAACACAACUACCGCUCAGGCGGAUGGAGGGCUGUAACUAAGGAUCCAGCUGCGGUAGGCGAGAACGACGACUCGGCAGAUCUGAUUAAAGAUCUGGUAGAGGACGAAGAAGCCGAUGGAGAGGGCGAAGGUCUAAUCAGCCACAACAUCUCAAGAUCGAAUGAACCACGACGGACGCAUCUCGCUCUUUUGCCUACAGCCAAACUCGCGCUCGGCUUCUGUUUCCUUUGGUUCGGCGCCAACUACUUUGCGCUUGCAUGCCUCGAAUUCACCACUGUGGCAUCGACGACUAUCCUUACGAGCACAUCCAGCAUAUGGACCCUGAUAAUCGGCGCCGUCACGCGCACCGAGCGCUUUACAUGGCGAAAAUUGCUCGGCGUGCUGGCUUCGCUCUUCGGCAUUGUUCUCAUCAGCACGAUCGACUCAGGCACACCUACCGCGACUCCAGGCGACGAUGGAAAUUCCACGACGAAUUCCGCUCUUCUAGUACUACGCGCCGUUAAAGAAUUUCCACAGAAGUCCUCCUCCGAGCUACUCCUAGGCGACGCUCUGGCUCUACUAUCCGCCCUCAUCUACGGCUUCUACACCGUCCUCCUCGCUCGCACCACCAAAUCCGCCGCGCCCUUAGAACUCAACAUGCCCCUUUUCUUCGGCCUAGUCGGCACCUGGAACUUUGUGCUCCUUCUCCCGCUCUUCCCGAUUCUGCACUGGACCGGUAUCGAGCCGUUCGAGAUGCCGCCCACGGGUCGCGUUUGGCUGAUCAUGUUGACCAAUAGCGUCGCAGCACUGGCAAGCGAUAUCUGCUGGGCAUACGCGAUGGUGUUGACGAGUCCGUUGGUGGUGACGGUGGGUUUGAGCUUGACGAUUCCGUUGAGUCUGAUAGGGGAGAUGUUGAUUCAGGGGAGGUAUGAGGGGGUGUGGUACUGGGUUGGGGCUGCGGUCGUGGUAGGGAGCUUUGUGUUCGUGGACGGUGAAGAGCGGAGGGAUGUAGGGGCGGCUGCGGUGACAGGAGGAGAGCCCAGGGCAUUGGACACUUCGGCGGCGGUGCGGAGGGACGAUGACAGCGAUGAUGACGGAUUGGAAAUCCCUAGAUAA